UUAAGGAAAUAUUGGUAUUGUAUGUCUGGAAACAGUCAGCAGACUGUAUCAGAUGAAUACCAACAAAUAUUACAUGCCGGAAAAGACGAGAGCCUUACUUGUUACCUGAACUUUCCACAGAGUUGUAUUUUGGAUUCAAUAACGUGGUACAAGGACUGUAAAGAGAUCAAAGGAGGACGGUUUACUCACUGGGGAAUAAAGCUCUCAGUGAGCAACAUCUCAGCCGAGGAUGGAGGGGACUACGCGUGUCAAGCCCAACUGACACACACAGGGAAGAAGUACACUGUUCUAAACAGCAUCACUGUGAAUAUCACAGAAACACAUGGAUAUGCAGGAAGAAUUCCUAAAAUCAUUUAUCCAAAAAACAACUCAAUUGAAGUACAACUUGGCUCUCCCCUUACUGUAGACUGCAAUAUAACAGACGCGAGGGAUAAUACAAAUCUCCGGUCCUGGAGAGUCAAUGACACCUGGGUGGAUGAUUACUACAAUGAAUCCAAACGAAUCAGAGAAGGAUUUGAGUCCUACGUUCCUUUUCAGAAGCAUAUUUUUUACACAGUGAACAUAACCUUCUCGGAAGUGAAAAUGGAAGAUUAUGGCCAUCCUUUCAUCUGCCACGCUGGGGUGUCGGCAGCAUACUUUAUUUUAAAACUCCCAGCUCCCGAUGUUCAAGCGUACUUGAUAGGAGGGCUCGUCACCCUGAUCGGUGCAGCUGCGUCGGUCACGUACAUCUGCAACAUUUUUAAGAUUGACAUUGUACUCUGGUAUCGAAGUGCCUUCCUUCCGGCCAGGACCAAAGAAGAUGGGAAGCUGUAUGAUGCCUAUGUCUUAUACCCCAAGCCUCAAAGAGAAAACCAGAGUCAUGAGGUGGACACACUGGUGUGGAAGAUUCUGCCUGAGGUGCUGGAGAGGCAGUGCGGAUACAAAUUAUUUAUAUUUGGUCGGGACGAAUUUCCCGGACAAGCUGUGGCCAAUGUCAUCGAUGAAAACAUCAAGCUGUGCAGGAGGCUGAUCAUCAUCAUAGUUCCUGAGUCCCCGAGCUUUGACCUGUUAAAGAACAUGUCAGAGGAACAAAUCGCAGUCUAUAAUGCGCUCAUCCAGGACGGGAUGAAGAUCAUUCUGAUUGAACUGGAGAAGGUCAGGGACUACACGGCCAUGCCAGAGUCAAUUCAGUACAUCCAGCAGAAGCAUGGGGCCAUCCAGUGGAGUGGCGACUUCACAGAGCAGUCACAGUGCGCAAAGACCAAGUUCUGGAAAAAAGUGAGGUAUCACAUGCCACCCAAAAGGCUUCCGCCAUCUUCUUCUGCCCAGAUGCUGAGGCACACAUACUGAGACCUCAUGGCUGGCAAGUGGGGGGCCAAAGUGGGUAUGUCAUCAGUGAUGGCACUGUUGGCACCGGGUGGCUUAUGGACGGACAACGACACAUCACAUUUGGACCAUCCAUGUGCAGCUUGCCAUCGUAUACUUGUGAGAGGGCCUGUG